UGUGAAUUUGUAAUGAAUAAUUAUUAUUUUCUGGUCUGACGUCACCUCGGUGUUUGGGGUUGAAGUCACGUGCUCAGCCGGUCACACAGUAUUUAAAGCGGAGCGCGCGGACCAAAGCAUCACUUCAGCUGCACGCGCAAAGAAACAAACUUCCGCUUUCACGAGUUUAUAAGAGAAAAACAAACGAAGAAGAGUGACUCACACGGAGGAGACCAAGAAGAAGUUUUUCGACGGAUUAUUUAUUCUUGUAUUGAUUUUUUUGAUAUUGAUCUCCUGCGGCUUCUUGUGCGCGUGGAGCGGCGCGUUGCCGCUGCUGCGGCAGCGGAGAAUGUCGGAGACAGCAGCGGCGGGCGCGUCGCUGCAGGACGCUUCUGCUGCCGCACUCUGACUCUUGUCCAGUAUGUGAAUCAGAAGAGACGCUGUUUGGUUUGUUUUCUCCACAGAGGACUUGGUCCGCGCCGCGCGUCAUGUUCUCGGAGUUGAGUGACUCCAACGGGAGCGAGUCGCUGGCGUCUCUGGACCAGGACUGGAGCGACUCGCCGCACGCGCGGCUGUCGCGCAGCGGCCACCGCGUCAUGUCGGUGUUUCUGGGCUCCAUCAUGGUGUUCGGCUUCCUCAACAACCUGCUGGUUCUGGUUCUGUUCUGCCGCUUCAAGACCCUGCGGACCCCCGUCAACAUGCUGCUGCUCAACAUCAGCGUCAGCGACAUGUUGGUGUGCGUCUGCGGCACGACGCUCAGCUUCGCCUCCAGUCUGCGCUGCCGCUGGCUGUACGGCCGCAGCGGCUGCAUGUGGUACGGCUUCGUCAACUCCUGCUUCGGCAUCGUGUCUCUGGUGUCCCUGGCUGUCCUGUCCUACGAGCGCUACAGCACCCUGAUGGUGUACAACAAGCGGGUCUCGGACUACAGGAAGCCGCUGCUGGCGGUGGGGGGGUCCUGGCUGUACUCGGUGGUGUGGACGGUGCCCCCCCUGCUGGGCUGGAGCAGCUACAGCCUGGAGGGCGCCGGGACGAGCUGCUCGGUGACGUGGACCCAGAGAUCGUCCGGCUCGCACUCGUACGUCGUCUGCCUGUUCGUGUUCUGUCUCGGCGUCCCCGUCCUCGCCAUGAUGUACUGCUACGGACGCCUGCUGUACGCCGUCAAACAGGUGGGUCGCAUCAGGCGGACGGCAGCUCGUCGCAGAGAGUUCCACAUCCUGUUCAUGGUCAUCACCACGGUGGCGUGCUACCUGCUCUGCUGGAUGCCGUACGGCGUCGUCGCCAUGAUGGCAACCUUCGGCCGGCCGGGAGUCAUCAGUCCCAUCGCCGCCAUCAUCCCAUCCAUCCUCGCCAAGAGCAGCACCGUCAUCAACCCCGUCAUCUACAUCCUCAUGAACAAGCAGUUCUAUCGCUGCUUCCUGAUCCUGUUCCGCUGUAAACACCCGCUGACGGAGAACGUUCCCUCCUCGAUGCCCUCAAAGACCACCAUGGUCCAGCUCAACCGUCGAGUGUGUGACAGCAGCCCCGGACACGCCCCCUCCCCGGCAGCCGGACCGUCGCCGUUCGCUGGAACCGGAGCCGUCCACACGGAGGGAAGCAGCAGCAAAAUGGACCCCAGAGAACCACCUGAACCCUCCACCUGAUGUUAGCCUCAUGUCACUGAUAGGAACACUUUAACCUCCGGAGUGAGAGUGCAGAUAUAAGGACGCUUUUAUUAAGAGUUAUGGGGGAAAAUUAUUACAUUAAAUUAGUUAACUCAAAUUUCAUUUAUGAACUCAGAAAUAAAUUCUAAUUAUGACAAAUGUAUUAUCGGUUUUAUUAAUGACCUCACUAAUAUUGAAACAUUUAAUAACAUUUUAUUCAUGACCUCAGAAAAAAAUUAUAAUUUUUAAACAUUCAUCCGACCACAGGAAUAAAUAAUAACUACGAAAUUUUGAGUGUGCUUGACUCUGGCCCGGGGUCAGGCUUUGGUAGCUAAGCAACCAGUGCCACGUGGCGGCCACCAAUCAGAGCAGAGCAAUCAACUGAAAUCAACUGCUCCUGUGACAUUUGACAUCACCGAUAUAGACAGGAAAACAGGUGAAAGUUCCCCUAGAGCAGAAAGCAUUUUUGGCCAAACCGUAGCUCCUGUGAUGGAUCUGACUUUCACCCUGAGUUCUUCCUGAAUGUCUACAUAUGUGUUUUGUGAAGAAAAAUGAAGAAAUUGUGUUUUUAGAGCGAUCAGAAGAAACUGGUACCUCUGCUUUCCUCCAGAAAUGUUCCCUCCUUUUUACCAAUGGCAGUCUAUGAGGCUGUGGGUGGUGUUGGUGGAUCAUCUGUGCGUCCUACGCUCAAACUAUAACUCUGACAGCUUUACCACACCAAUGUGAGUGAGAAGACCAAUUUUUCUACGUUUCUAUGUAUAAAUAAUUUCUGUAUGCAGCCUCGAGCGCAGUUUCCAAAUUAUUUUUUUGACAAAUUUUUCUCUCCCUCUGCACUCUAGCCAUGAUGUCACUCUAGCCUCUCCAUAGGGUAACGUUGGGGGGAUUUUUUGGCGUGUUUUUGCCAAUUAAUUUGAAAACCGUUUGCCGAAACCCCUAGAAAUGUCACAGCACACUUGUCAUGGCCGAGCCGGUCGAUUUGAUACCUUUUUACUGUAUGUGCGACCAAAACUCUGUGAGGAGUAGUCGACCGAAAAAAACACGGAAGAAACGGAAGAAUAAACAUGAAGAAGCCCGGUGAAUAACAUAUAUUGUGCCUUUUCAAGCACACUCAAUAAUUUAACAACGUUUAAUUGACUUUAGAAUUAUAAUUAUUAAACAUUUAAUAAUGUUUUAUUUAUGACCUCUGUAAUUAAUUAUAUUUAUAAUUAUUAAACAUCUGUUAACUAUUUAAAUAUAUUAUAAUUAGUAAGCAUUCAUCUGUCCUCAGAAAUAAAUAAUAAAUUAAAUAAUGUUUCAUUGACCUCAGAAAUAAAUUAUAAUAAAAAAUGAUACAUAAUAAAAAAUGUUAUGUUUUACUUAUGACCUCUGAAAAAAAAUAUUAUUAAACAUUUAUUCACUGGUAUGACCUCUGAAAUAAAUUCUAACUUUAUUAUAAUUUAUAAUAAUUAAUCCCAAAAUGAAUUAAAUGUCUAAUUUAUGUUAAUAAAUUUGAUUUAAUAAAUGCUGAUUAAGAUAAGUCAUAUUUAAAAUAAACUUUCAGAGAUUUAAACAUGUUAAUAAAGAGUUUAAAAAUGUAUAGAACAAUUAAUAACAUUAAAAAUGUCCUUAUAUCUGCAGCACAGGGAGUUAUUAACCAUUUAUAAACCAUUAAUUUACUCUUUAAAAUACUGGAGGGUUAAAGUCAAAUGUUUGUCUGAUGUUCACAAAUAAAACUCAUUAAUUCUAUGGAAACAUGGAUUAUUGAUUUAUUGAUUAUUGUGCCUGAAUAAAAUGUGCAUAUUUUUCUAUGGUCUCUGGUUUGUUGAGGGUCUGAUGUUGUAAACUUGUAAUAAAUAAAGUUCUGUGAGCGGCUUGUCUCUCUUCUAUUUUUUGUGAGCAUUUUUUGUGUGUUUUAUAUUUUAGUUAGUUCUCUUUACCGUCAUAUCUAAAUAUGAUGCACAUAUCUACAGUGCAUAUACAUAUAUAAGUUUUAUACAUACUAUAUUUAAUAUAAAAUAAUUUAUUAUUUAUAUAAAUUUAAAUGUUUUCUUUGUGUACAUUUUUUCUAUCUUAAUCAUAUGUCUUUAUUUCAACGUCAUCUUUGUUUUAAUUAAUUCAAACCAUUUGUUCUGAUAAUUUCCUUAAUAUUUUUAGUAGUUUUUAAAACUACAGUUAUUAUGAAGUUAUAACUGAUUA